AUGGCAUCAACAUCAAGAACUAUGGAGGAACGACAAAACUUGGCGGAAGGGAUUGUGACAUAUUGUGACGAUCGUUUAGCGCGGGUAUGGAUUGAAACUAUAAAACGUGAGAAAGAAAUAAAUUUUGCUUAUCGAUCAAGACAUUUUAAUCUUGGUGAUUGGUUAUUGGUGUCACUAACAAGCGAUGAAGUACAUAGAAUCAGUCCUAUCCUAGAAACUCGAGUUCUGGAGAUUGGUGUCACACAGGUCAGAACUGAAGUGAUAUUCAGGCAGAGUAAUGAGAAAAUUGGUCACGGUAUCAUUAUCCAAUCGAAGCAUUUUGACCGUGUGGCUGUGUUUGCACCAUUCAGUGGCAUUAUUAUUAAUCGAAUCUAUAGCGUUUAUGUAGAAAGGAUUCCUCGGGAUCGACAAUGGAAUGAACAGGAAAGUGGUACAUACUGGUUUGUUCCAUCCAAUCAAAUUCCUGAACUUGUCCCAAUCAGUAAAUAUUCGGCAAAUGAUAGGGAGCUGAUAGGUCCUCUAGUAGGUGUAGUGGUUAGUAAAGCUAUAAGAUUUGCAUUUGUUUGGUCACCUUCCCUUGGAGAGGGAAUGUGUGAAAAUCAUGAAAAUUUGGUGAUUGGAGGAUGGAUUAAAUUCAUGGCCGAUCCGCAUCUUAAAAAUCAUGCCCGUAUGAAUAUGAAUAUCAGAUUUUAUAUUAUCGAGUGGACGAUGACAGAUCCUAUCUUAAAAUGUGUACCGCUCUUCAAUAAUCUAAUGCUUGUAUCAGCCACAUUCGUCUCUCAUUGGCCAUUAAAUAAUUUAACUGCGGAUUGGAUAGGACCAGUUGUAGAUCGAGAUAAUAUAUUAGAAAAAGCAGUACAAAAUUUUGGAGUUGGACAAACAUAUGAAGUAAUGUUAAAGCGUAUAAAAAAAAGUGUGGAAGAACCGAUUACUACAUGGAAUGUGUGUCAGGUCUUGGAUUGUAUAAAUAGAAGUCAGAGACAUGGUAUCGUUUGCUUCGUUGAUAUUCAGAAAUCAUUAUCAUUAGUCUAUAUCCAAGAUACAAAUCAUGGAAAUGGUCGAAUGUUACACGUUAAUUUGAAAAUGUUCGAAGCAGUUCCGGCACUUGGCGAUUGGUUCAGUUUUGAAAUAAGUGAAAGUAGUCAAUUUUGGACGGUAUUAAGUGCCGUGAAAUCUCAGAAAUUAUGCACCUCUUAUAUAUCUAACGGUCAAUUAGAAGUUGAGACGGAAGUUAUCCUAACUGAUCAAAUCUCAACGAAAGGCCAUCGGAUAAUGUUUUCCGUUGUUCUUGGAGCAGUGGUAGAUGAUAUGGACAAACUGUUGAAUAUUCCCUUGGAUGCCUCAAUAAAAUAUACUGUCUGGUGUAAAACAGUGCAAACAACCGCUUCAAUUGAUCCAUAUUGGAGGAUAACUAACUUUCUCACUUUGCGGAUGAAGAACAGAGCAGUUGUGCCAAAACCAAAUCUAAACACAAAUGCAAAAAAUGCUGACGAUAUUUCGUAUGUUGGUAUUGUUACUGGUAAAUGCCAAUCAGGUUAUUUCAUAUGGACGCCUUCAUUGACUGAAAUUAUAUGCUAUUGUAAAAGUGGUUUACACAUUGGUGACUGGAUUCAAUUUUGGAUUAGGAAGAAACAACGAUCACAUUCAAAAAGGAAACCUUUUUACAUAAACAAUUGGUAUAAAUUGGAUAGUUGUUAUCCUGCACGUGAAGAAAAUAACACUGCCGUGGUUACAGUAGAAUUAAGGAUAUCAGAAAAUUACAAUAGUCGACAGCCUCCGUCAUUACCAUUUUUUGGUAAAGUCCUCGAUAAAAAACAUUGGUUUAGAGCACAUAUCGAUGACAUACGUGGUCAUAUAAUCGAGAUUGAUAUAAAACACAUUAGAACUGGAAAAUUGACUUCGAGUUGGGACAUUACCUUUGUUUUAGUAAAAAGACCUUGCCAUGGACAAAAAAAAUCAUUUGAUAGAAGAGCUGUAAAAAUGAAUGCUAAUCCUGCGGAAAUCGAUGCUGUCGUUAUACCUUCGAUUCCUUCAACUUCAGCUAGUACUGAAUCCGCUCAAAAUGUAGAUAAUGGUGAUCUCUCCAUUCCUGUAGAUAAUUUAUUUAUUGAUGAGCGAAGGAAUUAUGGAAAUCAUUCUCCGACGUUUUAUAAUGGAGAAAAAAAAGCGCACGAUGAGGACUGCUAUGAUGGAAGUGACCCUCAAAAGGACGAUACUGAGCUUGACUCGGUUAUUUGUUCUAUGAAACUUUUGUUCAUGUCAAAAGAAGUACGGGAAGCAAUAAAAACGAACUGCUCGGAAGAAUACACAGUACUUCGCCAAUACUUCGAUUUUGUGCCUUAA